AUGGCGGCUCCUGUCUCUUCUCCUUCUGCUUCUACUGAUCAUGAUCGUCAGUCUCCUCCGACGACCACUUCUGUCACCGCCGUUUCUCCGGUGACCUCCUCAAUCACGAUUCAGAAUAUUGGAUCCAUGGUACCGAUCAAGCUCACCACUUCCAAUUAUCUCACCUGGAGUGCUCUGUUCGCUCCGAUCUUUCGUCGCUACAAUCUCACUGGCAUCGUCGACGGCUCCACCCCUCCACCACCUCAGAUGCUCCUGGACGAUUCUGGAAAUCGUACUUCUCUCAUCAAUCCUGAGUAUGUUGCCUGGUAUGAAAACGAUCAAAACAUUCUCAUCUGGCUCAAUUCUACAUUGUCUGAAACCCUAAUUCCGUAUACUGUUGGAGUUAAUUCCUCUCGGGAACUUUGGGCAAAAUUGGAAUCACGAUUGGCUGCUGCUUCUCAAUCUCAUAUUCAUGAUCUCCGAUCUCGUCUGCGUACAAUUUCCAAGGGUGAUUCCACAGCUGCUCAAUUUCUUCAACAGAUCGAGGAAAUCGCAGAUGCACUUGCAAGUGCAGGAGCUCCAGUAGCUGAUUCUGAGCUUAUAUCUGUCACACUUCAUGGCCUGCCAUCAGACUAUGACUCUUUUGUUGAUGCUAUGCUACAACGGACUCAUAACUUGGUGGAGCUAAAUAAUGGCCUUGUUCGACUCACCUUUUCUUUUCCCGAAGGAGACGUGGUUGGAAUCCAGUACAAGGGAAUUGACAACUUGCUUGAAGUCAAAACUAACCCACAAGGAGGUUACUGGGAUCUUAACGCCGGGAACUAUGAUAAAUUUAAGUUCAUGGUUGUAUCAGACAACAUACAAAGGUUCAUGCCAACAGCCGAAGACCGUGGCAAAGGUCGGCAACUUGCCUAUAAAGAAGCUGCUCUUUUAACGAAUCCAAGCAAUCCUGAGUUUAGAGGAGAGGUGGAUGACAAGUACCAGUACUCGAGGGAGAACAAAGACACUAAGCUUCAUGGUUGGAUUUGCAUUGACCAAGCUGUAGGGUUUUGGAUCAUCACACCCAGUGAUGAGUUUCUCACAGCGGGGCCAUUCAAGCAGGUACUUACAUCUCAUGUCGGCCCAACUGCCCUCUCUGAGUUUCACAGUGGUCACUACGUUGGGAGCGAAGUUGGGAUGAGCUAUGCAGAAGGGGAGCCAUGGAAGAAGGUUUUUGGGCCAGUCUAUGUGUAUCUUGACUCAGACGUUCCAGGCUCGAAUCAGUCGAAUAUGUCCCUCUCGCUGUGGAAUAAUGCUAAAGAGCAGAUGCUUCAAGAAGUAAACAGUUGGCCAUACAAUUUCAUUGAGUCCGAAGACUUUCCUAGCUCCGAUGGACGUGGAUGAGUUGCCGGUCAACUACUAAUACGGGAUUCAUACAUUAACGAGGGCGUAUUUAGGGCUAGUUCAGCUUAUGUGGGAUUGGCUGCACCUGGAGACGUGGGAUCAUGGCAAAGGGAAUGCAAGGGCUGUCAGUUCUGGACUCGAGCCGACAAUCAAGGUAAUUUCCUCAUUAAAAAUGUUCGACCCGGGAACUGUAGUCUGUAUGCAACUGUUCCUGGAAUUAUUGGGGACUACAAAUAUGAGGCUAUCGUUACAAUAGAACCAACAAGUGAAAUAAAUUUGGGUAGUCUCACCUUCGAACCUCCGAGAAUUGGUCCAACCCUGUGGGAAAUUGGCAUCCCUGAUCAAUCUGCAGCCGAGUUCUACAUACCGGAUCCAUAUCCAUCACUGGCAAACCAUUUGUUCAACAACAGUCACACAAACAAGUUUAGACAAUACAGCUUGUGGGAUCGGUAUGCUGAUUUAUACCCUGACCAUGAUCUCAUCUACAACGUUGGUAGUGACAAUCACUGUGAUGAUUGGUUUUUCGCUCAUGUGACGAGGAAUAUCGGAAAUGAUAUGUAUAAGGGAACCACAUGGCAAAUUUUAUUUCAACUUCAAAAUGUAACGAACACCGGAGAUUAUAUACUCCAGUUGGCGUUGGCCUCAGCAAACGGUGCAGAACUUCAGGUUCGAUUGAACGACCAGAGCCCCAAUGGCGGACAUCAUUUUACAACUAGGCUAAUGGGGAAGGACAAUGCUAUUGCAAGGCAUGGAAUUCAUGGUUUGCACCGGCUGUUCAGUGUUGUUGUGCCUAGCUUUCGACUACGAGAAGGAAACAACACUAUCUAUCUUACUCAGGCCAGAAGUGCAAAUGGCCCUUUCUCAGGUAUCAUGUACGACUAUAUCCGACUAGAAGGACCUCCUCCGAAGUGAUCGCAUAGGUUGGAAAAGUUAGCUAAUUAAGUUUUGCAAUUUGAUUUACUUUUUAAGUUAGGGUAUUUUUAGUAUUUGAUAUUUAUAGUGUUUUGCAGUA